UAGAGACAACCAACAUAUACAUGUAUGUUCAUAUGUACAUAGUUUUGUUUAGUAUUGUUCUGUGCCACACAUAAAGUGAAUUGUGUGAUCUAAAGUCAAAAGUUUAGAUUUUAUGACAUAAAACGUUUCAAGUGUGACACCAAAUUUAAAUUGUACUAAUUGAUAUUUUUCUCAUUUAAUCUACAUUUCAUAAAAAAACGGUACAAUGUCUUAUAUGUUAUCACACCUUCACAAUGGAUGGCAAGUAGAUCAAGCAAUACUUUCCGAGGAAGAUCGAGUAGUUGUUAUUAGAUUUGGUCAUGAUUGGGAUCCAAUGUGUAUGAAAAUGGACGAAGUUCUAUAUAACAUUGCAGAAAAGGUUAAAAACUUCGCUGUCAUUUAUUUAGUUGAUAUUACACAAGUACCUGACUUUAACAAAAUGUAUGAAUUGUACGACCCUUGUACAGUUAUGUUUUUCUUUAGAAACAAACAUAUAAUGAUUGAUUUGGGAACAGGAAAUAAUAAUAAAAUAAAUUGGACACUGGAAGAUAAACAAGAAAUGAUUGAUAUUAUUGAAACAGUUUAUAGGGGUGCCAGGAAAGGUAGAGGUUUAGUUGUUUCACCCAAAGAUUAUUCAACAAAAUAUCGUUACUAAUGUAUUGAAGUAACAGAGUUUGAUAGAGAUAUUAAUUU